AUGGCGUCCGCCUUUCAGUCGUUCUCAGUGCCGACAUCGCCCGCCGUUUCCCGUUCCAACGACAACAGCAACAACAACAGUAACAAGGGCAGCAGGCAGCCAGUCACACCCCAGCGUCUCCCCCAACAGCGACAUCACCAACACCGCUAUUCGCAUUCAGCGUUCUACAAGUCACCCAACACACCCUCCUCCGACUCGACGACGGGAUCAUCGACGCUGACGACCCCCGAUAACACCUCGUUUUUGUCGAAAAAACGCCUCGUCGCAGGGCGCUCACCCGAUGUGCACCGCAAUUCGAGCAUCGACAGCCUCGAUGCCAAAGACAAGAGUCUCGCCGACCUCGCCCAAAACUGGCGCGUAAGAGCCAACCAGCACGGAAUCAAAGUCUCGCCUUCAGCCAAAAACGCAAAUGCUAAUGAUUCGCAUUUCGGAGACGACGAGGCUGACAAAACGAUGUCUGACGUUGGGAAUGACUCGAGUAUUUUGUCCAAUGACGAAGCGUUGCUGCCGCCGGCUUUCCUGUCGUACCACAGGCGAUCCUCAAGCCACACGGCCGUCACAAGGCCUCGUGCUCAGUCCCAUGCAUCGCUUCCAGAGAACAGGGGCAUUGCUACUUCCCCAUGCGCUACGAGAAAUGCAAACUGCUCGCUGCCUCUUCCAGUCUCCCCCGUUCGCCCCCGCCGUGCCCUUGCUUCGCUCAACCCAACCGAUAACAUCCUGUGCACCCCUCCCCCGAACCGUGUGCUAUCGUCUCAGCUGAAGAUGAAGGGCAGCCUGACGGAUCCUCCUCAGCCUCGCAAGCGGGAGGCUUUCGGCAAUGUCACUCUACCUGCUGCCAAUCUUGCUCGUGCCAACAUGAGCAUGAACAUCAACUUGGGGAACAAGAGUUUGGAAUUGUUCGAUAUCAACGAGCACGACCUCGAGUACGAAACGGAGCUUCAAGCCACCGAAGAGCCGUAUGACGAAUCAUUCUCGCUCGACCUCCAAAAUCACACCGCCAAUAUCUUUGGUUACUCCGGAAAUCCUCAGCAGCAAGAAGCAGCCUUUAGGUCAUCCCCCAACCCUUUCGCGGACCCCUUCCAUUUCGAUUCCAAUAGCGCUGGUAGCACCAACGUCCUCAGCAGCAUCGCUGAAAGCGUCGAGCAUCACUUCCAUACUCUACAACAUCCUCCUAAUCUGCGCUACUCUCCACCUAAUUAUUUCACCUCUGGCGAACCCCUUUACGCCCAGCGUGCUCCUCCUGCUUUCCCGAAACCAACUUAUGCGCCUCUUCCACAAACGAUGAUGCCCAUGCCAGUACCCGUCCAACCUGCCUUUGUGGGUGCUCCCCCGCUCGGCGGUACCAUCCCUGGAUUCCCGGCGAUUUCCAACGUAAUCCAUAAUGAAGGACUUGCACCUCCCAAGGUUGAACUGGCCGAGCCUCCCACCGACUGCUCCGUUUGCCUCGUCUCGCACCCUUCGAGUCUGGCCAUUCUCCAACCAUGCGGUCACCCGCUUUGCUCCGGAUGCUUGACCAGUGCACUCAACAUCGUUGGCGAAAAGGAUAUGGAGUGUGCUGUUUGCAAGACUGCCGUCGCGGACUUCAAGUUGGUCACCGUCAAGAACCCAGGAAAUGCUAAGCCUGGUGCCAAAUCGAAGCUUAACACCGAUAAGAGCAUCGGUGACCAUUUCUUUGCCCCGCCCAAGCUUGAUCUUGGAGCUUCUCUCAUUAAUGCGGAGCACAAGGAACUUGAUAGUGCUUUCGACUUUGGGUUUGACUUUGCGGAGGGUAUCCGGGCGAGUACGCCCAAGUUGGAGCAGCAGAUGAAUCUUGGUGGUGCCGGUGGGAUGGAGCUUUCUCUCUCGACGAGCAGCCAGCGCUCCGUGGGUGCUCCGGGCAAAGGCAAGGUUGUCCUUCGGAUUGAUAAUGUUCCUUGGGACAUCACGCCUAGGCAGAUCGUCUCGUGGUUGCAGCAGCCUGUUGAGCGUGUUCACGUUUUGCUUGAUAGCAAGGGCAAGACGUUGAGCCAUGCGUAUGUGGAGGUGAAGGAUAGCACUGUUGCUGGUGCCAUUCUUCGUGGGGAGACUGCUCAUCCGAAUGCUUCUGGACGGCGUGAGCGUGGUAGCGUCUUGGGCAAGGGUAAACGAGCUCGUGGUGUUACGAUCACCCGAAGCAGCGAGGAAGAGCUCAUGAUGAAUUUGUUCCCCAGCUGGCGUGGUCGGUUCGAUGGAGCUCGACCUUCUUUGGCUGGUCUGGAGGGCGAAGCCAUUAUUCGUGCUCUUGAAGGUGGAUUGUUGACGGAGGGCGAUCUUGCUUCGUUGAGGCGGUUGAUCCAGGAGCCCGACUCGCAUUUCCUUAAGGUUCCUGUGUUGCCCUUCUAUUCGCUGCUCAGUAUUCUGUCCAAGUUCCCCACUGAUGUCGAUAGUCGGGUGUUCUGGUCUUCUGGGAUCCGGGACAAGCUUUUCGAGCUCUGUGUGACUGGUCUCCAGGCUUUGAUUUCUCGCGUUGACAGGUCUGGUCGGAACCCGGAGUAUACCGUCGACCUUGUUCUUGACCUCGCCAAGGCUGUUAUGAACUGCAAAGUCUUCACUGCUCCUCACGUUCAGAAGGUUGUUGAUCUUCUCCACGCCAACUCGUUGCCAACUCCGACUAUGGAUCAACCCUCGCUGAGUGUUGAUACCAGUGGGGAGACGAGUGGACAUUCGGAGAGUGGCUCGAUUUCGAGUUUGUUGAGGACGCCUGAUUAUCGACAGGCUCUGCCUUCCCUCGCCAAGCCGAAGGAAGUGACUUCGUUCAACACGCCCAAAGAGGGUGCUGCUGAUCGACCGUUUGAUGAUCUUGCGAAGGAAUUUGGAGUUGAUUCGCAGUUGGUUCAGGCGCUUGCUCAGCGGUUGGCUGCUCUUGCUUGA